CCUUCUUUUAUCAUACAGUGUGAUUCAAACUUUCCAACUUCGAGUUACUAUCGUUCGGCAAUGUUAAGGUAUCAUCGGCUAAUUAGAUAACGCCAAAUGGUUCUGUUCUUUUGCGUGACUGCCUUGUCUGAGGUCAGCAGGAAAGAGGGGUUACCGCUACCUCUAUUGGUUGCCCUGCUUUGGGCUGCGCUUCGUCAACCCAAAUCUUCAUUCUCUUGAGGUUUUUGCUCUCUGCCUUCUUUCUCCGACAAAAGGUCUGGUAUGCCCCUCCUCACCCUUCGAUACAACUCCUUCAUGAGCGGGCGAUUUCACCGAGUUUCUUAACUUGAUCUUUGGAUGACCACGCCAGCUAUGGACUCGGCGGAGACAAGCCAUUACCCCUCUGCCCUUCCGGAAAUCAGCAAGCCGAACUCAGAAUCACCACGCCCUUCAGCUUUGCCACCAUAUUUCAGAUCGUAUGAAGCAUACAUCGAACAUUGCAUGGCUAAAAUCGGACCAGAAGGGGUCCCCGAAGCUGCGUUUGACCGCUUGUGUGCGAGUUGUGCGGCGGCGUUCAAGAAAAUAGCCGAAUCGUUUGUGGGGGGUGGCAGAUGGGAAAAAAGGUUUCCCUUUUGCAGCGUCAAUGAUUUUCUCAGAUCAGCUGCUGAAGGAAGCUGCCAUGUUUGUCAUUCCUUCAUGGCUGAAAGACUGAAAUGUAAUGUCCCCUCUCUUGGAGAUCUUCUUGGUCUUGAGAGCAGAGACUCGGGUGUCGACGCACAUGGGCAUGGGGAUGCGGCCUUAAAAAUUUAUGUAUAUUUGCAUGACGACUUUCCCCGUAGCGGUCAUCUGCAGGUCAGUAUUGUAGGGAGCCGAAUGGUCUUCGCUGGUUUUGCAAUUGAGGCCAGGGAUGAGAAUAGUAGUAGAGUCCGUGGUUUCCCAACUUCCCUCAAUACGGCAAGCGACGGAAGCUGGAAUCAAGCGCUCAAAUGGAUCAACAACUGCCUCUCGCACCCCCUCUGUAACCCAGUUCAGACAGCGAAUUUGCAGGAUAAACGGCCUGCCCGGCUGGUCGCAGUGGGGACCAUUGGAGAGACAUACGUGAGGAUUUGCGAAACGAGUCGAGAUGGUUGUACGAAAGAGCCAUACAUGACACUCAGUCACUGCUGGGGAAAGAAGGGAGUUCCGAUUCGGCUUUUGGAAGAAAAUUAUGCUGGGUUCUUGAACGGCAUUCAACUUGGCGAGCUACCAAACACGUUUCGAGAUGCCAUCGAACUGACUCGAAAAUUGGAGAUUCCCUACAUUUGGAUCGAUUCCCUCUGCAUCAUCCAGGACUCACCGGGAGAUAAGGAUUGGAUCCGGGAAUCAGCCAAAAUGCAAGAAAUCUACCGGAAUUCUUUUCUCAACCUGGCCGCUGCUGCCUCGUUCGAUUCCAACGGUGGUCUCUUCAACCGACGAUAUCCGCUCUCGGUAGUACCUUGGUCAGUACGAGUAGCAGAAAACGUUUACUUAACCAAAAAGUAUACCAGCGAAUAUCCCGGCAUUCGGGCUCAGAAGAAGCUCAUUCUCUACACCCGUGGAUGGGUACUUCAGGAACAACUCCUGGCACGGCGGACCCUUGUAUUUGGUCAAGAUGAACUACACUGGGAAUGCUCAACGUGUCAAGCGAGUGAAUCCUUCCCAGAUUCACAUGAAUAUUCCACGGAUGAGGUGCCAUAUAACAUAUUCCGGCCUGGCUGGGAGAACCUCCUCAAGGGCAAGCCAGUCGACUCAGACCGGCAAAAGGCAUGGAAUCGGCUGAUAAGCACAUACUCUAGGAGGUCUCUGACCAAACCUUCAGACAGGCUUAUGGCUAUUUCAGGCCUUGCAGAGCAUCUAAGCAGCAGAUGGAGUGGUAUAACGUAUCUUGCCGGACUGUGGUCAUAUCGCCUUAUCCAUGAGCUUUUGUGGCAUUGCGGGUCAUGCAGUCAGAGAAAUAUGGAGAUAGCCCCUUCAUGGUCUUGGGCUUCACUUCAAGAGCGUCAAUCGAUAGGGCCGUCCGGAAUAACGAUGUGUGAAGACUUGGGAUGGCUGGAUGUCUUGGCGGAGGUUCUGGAAGCUAAAGUAACACCAAAAGCAAGGACAAGCCCAUUUGGCCCUGUUGCUUGUGGGGGAAGCAUCAGGCUCCGGAGUCCUGUAAUUCGAGCUAGAAUUACUAUUGAGGACAAACGACAUCGCAGGUACAAUCUUGCACUCGAGGACAACUGCAACUUGGAUACGCUUAUACUCCAAGAUGUGGAUGUGAAAUGGGACGACAUCGACGACGCCAAGGCUGAUAUGAAAGAUGCGUACUUUGCACCAUUCGAGAUUCAAGCUUACGACAAACAUGACCUUGCGACGCUCCAUGGAUUGGUCCUCCUUAAGACAGCAGUCCACUUGCUUCCCUGCAAAACGCAGCUUCGAAGGGCUGGAUAUUUUACCAGAUACGAUGAUGGAGUUUCUUCUGACAAUGACUCUGAAAAUAGCUGUCAUGACGAUGGAUCCGACAGCGGUAGAGACGACGCUUCAGAUGAAAGCUUUCAGGGUGGGAUGGACAACAAUUCUGAAGACGCAUCUGUUACCUCAAGCAAGGAUCAUGAGUUGCGCUGGGAAAGAAGUUUCCGAAAGCGGAAGAAGCAAGGCCUGUUCCGAAAUUUCAACUCAUGGUUUGCUGAAAAGAUCGGGGAUGGACUGGAAGAGCGAAUGAAUUACUUGAAGAAAGACCCGUAUGUUAACGGCCCUCCGUUGAAUACUACUCUGGAGAAUCGUUAUCUCACAGAGCCCGGUAAGGAAUUCCUCCCUGAUUUUUCGAAGUUUUUUGAGGCUAUUGCCCGGGUAGCCCAGAACAACAAGGCAAACGGGACUCCCGACCCUGUACUCGGAAUGGGCGAAGGGAAUGGGUAUUAUACAUACGAAAUUGUGUGAAGGCUGAAGAGUUCAGGCGUUGUUAGUGUGUUUUCUUUUUCUUGUUCGUCUCCUUUUUAGUGAUCUAGUGGUGGAGAGGAUUAUAAUCCGUGAGGCAUCAUAGGCUUGUGCUUUCUCUCGCUGUUCUAAUCUCUUUAUAACAACGUCAUCGUCGCAAUGUACGGUCCAAUACAAAGUUGCCCACGAGAUUGAAUUAACUGGUUACCUCAU